AUAUAAUCAAUAUUUUUUAUUUAAUGAUUAUUUUUUAAUAAAAUAAAAUUAGUUAAUUCAUAUAUUAGAAUAAUCAUUCAUAUUACAAUCUAGGCUAGUUCAUGAGUGUUGUGUGAUCCGAAGAUUUCGCCUAGAAUGAAAGGUAAGUUCUAUCGAUCCGUAGUCAGACCUGCUAUGUUAUAUGGGGCAGAGUGUUGGGCGGUUAAGAAGACUCAUGUGCGUCGUCUGCAUGCGGCAGAGAUGUGGAUGUUACGAUGGAUGUGUGGGAAGACAAGGUUGGAUAGGAUUUCAAACGAAGUUAUCCGACGUCAGGUAGGCAUGGCAUCGGUGGAAGAUAAGUUGCGGGAAGCGAGGUUGAGAUGGUUUGGCCAUGCGAGACGGCGGGAUGCUGACGCCCCUGUACGGAGAUGCGAGAGGAUUACAGUUAUCGGGGGAAGUAGGGGAAGGGGUAGACCUAGGAAGAAUUGGAAGGAGGUGAUUAGGCAGGAUUUAGGACUUCUCGACCUGACUAAGGAUAUGGCCCUAGAUAAGAACCUUUGGAAAACUAGGAUUAGAGUAGCUGGAUAGGAGCUCGGUGUUGUAGAGGUGGAGCCGGGGGUCUCUUGGAAACAGCCUCCCUACUUCCGAGUAGGGGCAAGUCAUUGAUCGUAUGACUACUGAUUAUCUGAUUCUCCAAAUAGGCACUGUCUGUUGCAGGCUUAUCUAUGUCCAGAACAGUAGAGGGUGUCCAGCGAAGCAGAGCUGACAUGGUCAUUGCAGUUCUCAUGAAGCAGGCUGGCCUCAAGCUACAAGAGAAUGGCGUGUUUCUUAAUGUCAUCAGUGGAUUUAAACUAACGGAGACUGCUGGGGAUCUUGCUAUAGCAGCAGCCAUUUGCAGCAGUUUUUUGGAAUGUCCGGUACCGGUUGGCUCUGUGUUUAUUGGAGAAAUUGGCCUCGGCGGUGAACUUCGGACGGUCCCAUUAAUGGACAAAAGGGUGAAUACAGUGGCAAAACUGGGAUACAAAAAAUGUAUUGUGCCCAAUUCCGCUGCAAAGUCCUUGACAAAGCUAGAGGUUGGUGACAUGGAAAUUGUGGGUUGCAGAAAUCUCAAAGAGAUGAUUAAUCUAGUUUUUUCAUAGGUGUGUGUGAUGCUAUGUGGCACCCGGAUACGGGAUUGAGUACUCAUUAAAAUUCUGUGAGUUUUGUUUGUCAUCCAAGUAUCCGGAUUCCGGAGUGUUUUGGGAAUGAGAAACAACUUGAAGAGAGUAUAUAGGCCUAAAAUAAGACAUGGCAACCCGAUUGAUCGGAUCGGUUCCAGUUU